AUGCAUCGUCUUAUUACUCGCCUCCGGUUCCCAGUGCUCCCCUUGCGCAGCAGCAUUGCCCAAUGCCGCUCAUUAAAGCCAUCGCCGCACUUGACGGCCACACCUCGUCCAAGCCCAACCACCACCUCCCAAUACACCCGCACCUUCACCACCUCGCCAACCUUAUACAAGAAGAAGGACAAGGCCGCCAAGAAGAACUCCAACUCAGACGGUGAAUCAUCAGGAUCUUCCGGCUCUGCCGCCACUGGCGCCGGCGCCGAUGUCGAGGACCCUUACGAUCUCUCCACUCUCCACUCGGGCAUCACAAGCGCGAUCUCUCGACUCAAAGAUGAUCUCUCCAAGCUUCGCUCUGGCGGUCGUUUCAACACAGCGGUUCUGGAAGGGUUGAAGGUCUCAUUAAGCAAGGACGGCCAAGACACGGCCCGAUUAGGCGAUUUGGCGCAAGUUGUCCCCAAGGGAGGACGGAUGGUGACCAUUCUGGUCGCAGAAGAAGAGCACAUCAAACCAGUCUCCUCGGCAGUCAUUUCCUCCAAUCUAUCUUUGACCCCCCAGGCUGAUCCCCACAAUGCGCUGCAAUUGAAUAUCCCCAUUCCACCACCGACAAAGGAGUCCCGAGACAAGAACGUUCAGGCUGCCCGACAGGCUUUUGAAAAGGCCGCGGGUGCGGUCCGCGAUGCUCGAGGCUCGAUCCACAAGCGUCUUCAAGAUAUGCAGAAGAAGAAGAUUGCUCGACCAGAUGAUGUGCGCAAAGCGCAUGAUCAGAUGGAGAAGGUGGCGGAGAAGGGCCAGAAAGAUGUCAAGGAUUUGUUUGACGCGGCUAAGAAGAGUUUGGAGCAGGCAUGA